AUGCUUACUAUAAUUAGUUAUUUUGGCUUUUUAUUUGGUGCUUUAACUUUAGCUUUAAUUUUAUUUAUUGGUUUAAAUAAAAUACAACUUAUUUAA